ACGUGCAGCCGCGCCGGGUGCAGGAUGGCGGCGGCGGCGGCAGCAACUGUGGGUGUCAGGCUCCGGGACUGCUGCAGCCGGGGUGCUGUGCUCCUACUCUUCUUCUCCCUGUCCCCUCGGCCCCCGGCCGCCGCCGCCUGGCUGCUGGGCCUGCGUCCCGAGGACACCGCUGGAGGCCGCGUGUCCCUGGAGGGGGGCACCCUACGCGCGGCGGAAGGCACCAGCUUCCUCCUGCGCGUCUAUUUCCAGCCUGGGCCUGCGGCGCCCGCGGCGCCGGUGCCCGCACCCACCCUUUCACCGGGGGUGAAUGGCACCGGCGACUGGGCUCCGCGGCUUGUGUUUAUUGAGGAGCCCCCAGGCGGUAGCGGCUUGGCGCCCAGCGCUGUCCCCACGCGCCCCCCGGGGUCGCAGCGCUGCCGAGAGCAGAGCGACUGGGCGUCGGACGUGGAGGUCCUAGGGCCCCUGCGCCCGGGAGGCGUGGCGGGCUCAGCUCUAGUCCAGGUGCGGGUGCGGGAGCUGCGCAAGGGCGAGGCAGAGCAGGGCGGCUCGGGCGGUGGCGGGAAGCUCUUCUCCCUGUGCGCUUGGGACGGGCGCGCCUGGCACCAUCACGGCGCCGCCGGCGGCUUCCUGCUGCGCGUCCGCCCGCGGCUGUACGGCCCCGGCGGGGGCCUGCUGCCUCCAGCGUGGCUGCGGGCGCUCGGGGCGCUCCUGCUGCUCGCCUUGUCUGCCCUGUUCAGCGGCCUGCGCCUGAGCCUGCUCUCACUGGACCCGGUGGAGUUACGGGUGCUGCGGAACAGUGGCUCGGCCGCCGAGCAGGAGCAGGCGCGCCGCGUGCAGGCCGUGCGCGGCAGGGGGACCCAUCUGCUCUGCACCCUGCUCUUGGGCCAAGCCGGAGCCAACGCGGCCCUGGCCGGCUGGCUCUACACCUCGCUGCCGCCGGGCGUCGGGGAUCCCGGGGAAGACUACGGCGAGGCGGGGGUUCACUUCCCGUGGCUGCCGGCGCUCGUGUGCACUGGCGCGGUGUUCCUGGGCGCGGAGAUCUGCCCCUAUUCCGUGUGUUCGCGGCACGGGCUGGCCAUUGCCUCGCACAGCGUGUGCCUGACCCGGCUUCUGAUGGCGGCUGCCUUCCCCGUGUGCUAUCCACUGGGCCGCCUGCUGGACUGGGCACUGCGCCAGGAGAUCAGCACCUUCUACACGCGAGAGAAGCUGCUGGAGACGCUGCGGGCCGCGGACCCCUACAGCGACCUGGUGAAAGAGGAGCUCAACAUUAUCCAGGGCGCCCUGGAGCUUCGCACCAAAGUGGUGGAGGAGGUGCUGACGCCCCUCGGAGAUUGCUUCAUGCUGCGCUCCGACGCUGUGCUCGACUUUGCCACGGUCUCAGAGAUCCUGCGCAGUGGCUACACUCGCAUCCCCGUGUACGAAGGCGACCAGCGGCACAACAUCGUGGACAUUCUGUUUGUCAAGGACUUGGCCUUCGUCGACCCUGACGACUGCACCCCACUCCUCACCGUCACCCGCUUCUACAACCGGCCCCUUCACUGCGUCUUCAAUGAUACCCGGCUGGACACGGUGCUGGAGGAAUUUAAGAAGGGAAAAUCUCACCUGGCCAUUGUCCAGCGGGUGAAUAAUGAGGGAGAAGGCGACCCCUUCUAUGAGGUGAUGGGCAUUGUCACACUGGAGGACAUCAUAGAAGAGAUCAUCAAGUCAGAGAUCCUAGACGAAACUGACCUCUACACCGACAAUCGGAAAAAGCAGAGGGUCCCACACCGGGAGAGAAAGCGCCAUGACUUCUCCUUGUUUAAGCUUUCUGACUCAGAGAUGAGGGUGAAGAUUUCUCCACAGCUUCUGCUGGCCACACACCGCUUCAUGGCCACAGAAGUGGAGCCCUUUAAGUCUCUGUACCUUUCGGAGAAGAUCCUGCUCCGGCUCCUGAAACAUCCCCACGUGAUCCAGGAGCUGAAGUUUGAUGAGAAGAACAAGAAAGCCCCAGAACACUACCUCUACCAGCGCAACCGCCCUGUGGACUAUUUUGUGCUGCUUCUCCAGGGGAAAGUGGAGGUGGAGGUGGGUAAGGAAGGCCUUCGCUUCGAGAAUGGAGCCUUCACCUACUAUGGUGUCCCAGCUAUCAUGACCACUGCUUGCUCAGAUAACGACAUGCGGAAGGUGGGAAGUCUAGCUGGAUCCUCUGUCUUUCGUAUGUAUCUCUCAAACCCCUCCCUCGUCCUCCCCAACGUAGUCCUGCCUCAGCCCACUCUGGGGACCUGGACCAAGCACUCUGAGCCUGGGCUGGGGCUAACACAAAUGCUGGCAGCCUCUCUGUAAUGCUCUGCCAGGAACAUUGCUUCCUGCCAGGUACCCACUGACCACCGGGGGGCUUCGUUUCUGUGUAUCUGGAAUGUUCGCUGCUUCUCUGCUCAUGUGCAAGUGAUGAAUGGUGGGGAGGGAGGUUGUGAGUGGAGGCACCAUUUAUUAUCACCUGCCAGGGAAGGCA